AUGUCACUCAUGCAACGUACUCCACCACCUGUGUCCGAGAGUGGAUUACUACAAGUACAAUCCGAGCCCGAUAUGGUGAGUGCCAUGCGUUACGAGGAUGAAAUUGAAACCUCCAACGUUUCUACACGCAAAACGCACCCACGUCUUGAUAGAUCACCAUUAGACGAAUAUUCUAGGCUGAAAAAAGAUAUGCAACAGAUGUUUAAGAACUGGGCAGCUGAACAAGACUUAAAAUUUUCGAAAUUGAUUACCGAAAUUUCCGAUUUGAAACAGCAAAAUAGCGGUACACAAGAGACUAAUUUGGAGAUACGCAAAUUUAUGGCAUUUGCCUCCUCAGAAUAUGAUGACAUGAGAAAAAAGAAAGCGAAGUUAGAAAAAGGACGUUUCGAGUACACUGAAAAUUUUAUGAAAAUGGAAAGAAAAAUUCUACAGGUUAAAUCCCGCACGGCAUCAAUAGAAUUCAGAAAUAUCCCUGGUUGGGCGGCGGGCCUUAAGGUUGCCGAAUCACCAUUCCCCGGUCGAGCCUUAACCCCCCUUAAAUUAGAUGUUAUACUAGAUGGACUGUAUACGCGGUUGGCUUCUUCUGCUUCAACAAAAUGGCGGCUGUAG